CGAGCUCCCCCCGGAGCCCGGGCCGCCCCUGAUCCUCCUGGGGAGCCUGGGGGAGGGGGGAAGAGGAGGCGGGAGCGUCCGCUUUAACCGCCCCGCGGCGGGCUCGGGAGAUGCAGACACCACCAGUGAGACGGCUCCUGCCUCCGAUCCUAAUUGGAGGAAACUCCUCCGGUGCUGGCGCGCAGCCAGCGUUUGGUAAAUGCCGUUUGAUUGACUGAUAGGAAAAGGAAGCUGGGGUCCGAGGGGUCCCGGGGACCCGUGGGGCAGUGCCCGAGCCAAAUGCGGAGGGACGCGUGGGUGGGCGUCGGCGUGCUCACCGACCAGGAGCAACCGGGUUCUAAUCCGAGGGGAGUUCCAGAGCUGAAUGAAUUUCUUGAGGGAGGGUGGAGGUAAAGAUGGGAAGUAAGAACAGUGGCAAGAUGCCCGCUCCAUCUUUAUCCCGGUUUUCUUUUGGCUGGAUCUCUUCAAUUCUCCCGGGCAACCCAGAAUCUAUUUCCAGGGUUCAAAAAGGGGAGGAGACACCCUAGUCCCUGAGGGGUUCCGGACACAGGAACUAUCCAGGUAUAGUAUUGUCUGGAACCUCGCUCUAAAGCAGCUUAAUGUUCUACCCUGAGAUCCAAGGGCGGCUAGACUUCGGGGAAAGCUGUCCCGGCGGAAUGGUGAACUUCCUGACCCAUCCCUGGUACCGCAGGUACAACAUACACACACACACACCACUCCAUGCGUCAGUGGGUGCCUAUUUCAGGUAUCAGGAGGAGCUACCAGUUUCUAUAAGAGAGAGAAAGGACAAAUACCUCACAAGAGAUGAAUUGGUGAAGCUGAUGGAAUGGAAGCUGACGAGGGGCAAAUUCAGACCACGACUCCAGAAUUUGGUGGCCACUAAUCCAGAGGAGUUGGUAAAGCAAUGCACAGCAGCAGCCUUCUCUCUCCUACCUAAUGUGGAAGCUGCCAUCACAGAGCUGAGCCAGCUUAAAGCCGUGGGACCAGCUACUGCCUCUGCAAUCCUGACAGCAGGUGCCCCAGAGACAACAGCAUUCAUGGCAGAUGAGGCAGUGGCUGCUGUCCCUGGCUUACCCAGGCUCCAAUAUACUCUCAAACACUAUAUCCUGUAUUUGGACAAGAUCCGGGCCUGUGCUAAGAGGCUGAACCAAGUUGAUGCCUCCUCAGAAUGGACUCCUCAUCAGAUAGAAAUGUGCCUCUGGACCUGGACUGUGGCUCAGAAACUGUGUCCCACAGUCCUGCCCUCCUUUUUGGGGGAAGCCCCCAAAACCAGAGAAGGUGCUGAAGACGUUAGACCGUCCAAGAAACGAAAAGCUAGCAUUCACUGAUCCUGGGCAUCUGUAUACACUUCAUUCAGAGAGAAAUGCAUCAGCCAAACUCCUAUCCUCUACAUGGGGGGCUCAGGGCAAAAAGUAGCCUUUGUCAUCCAUUAAAAUUGCCUACCAUCCCAACCUCAUCUGGAUCUCAACUCCUUAGAUACCCUCUCCCAGGCUGGCACUGACCCAGGAAUUAGGAGGAUAGAGUGUGUAGCUCCAAUUCCAUCACUAAAUCACCUCUGGUAAAGUCAUUUAAACUAUU